UCAACUCUACGAAUUGCAGUUGGAGAUACUCUAAUAUAAUAUGUAUGUACCUAUAAAGGCAUAGUAUGUACCUAUAAAGGCAUAAACCCUUUCCCCUCCAAAAAUUCCUAAAACCCUAACCCCUUGAUCGGCUGAACAAUGAGAGAACCUAAAUCCAGGAAAUUCAAGCUCCAGAAACGCCUCACAGAAGUCCAAGAAAUUGAGCUCCUCGAAUCAUGGAUUGAUUCGUGCAAACCCGACUCCGGCUCUAACCCGCUGUCCCUUUCUCCACCGUCGAAGAAGUCGCCUAUCGGCAGGCUUCCUGACGGCUCCUUUUCUCCCUAUGCCGGCGCCGACAAGUUUUUCCAACUGCCGCUAUCGAAGAGGACCAAGGAUGGCUUGGUCGCCUCUGGUUUCUCGAAGAUGACCGACAUUCAGAAGGCUUCUCUACCCCACUCCCUCUGCGGCAGAGAUAUCUUGGGAGCUGCUAAAACUGGCUCCGGGAAGACUCUGGCGUUCGUUAUCCCGGUUUUAGAGAAGUUAUAUCGAGCUAGAUGGGGUCCAGAGGAUGGGGUUGGAUGCAUAAUCAUGUCUCCUACAAGGGAAUUAGCUGACCAGCUUUUUGAAGUUCUAAAAAACGUAGGAAGGCACCAUGGAUUUAGUGCUGGACUUCUAAUUGGUGGUCGUAAAGAUGUUGAUGAUGAGAAAGAGCGUAUAAACGAGUUGAACAUUUUAGUCUGUACUCCCGGAAGACUUCUCCAACACAUGGAUGAAACUCCAAAUUUUGAAUGCUCACAACUUCAGGUGUUAGUUCUUGAUGAGGCAGAUCGUAUUCUUGAUGUGGGAUUCAAGAAAGAAUUAAAUGCUAUAAUAUCUCAAUUACCAAAACAAAGACAAACCUUUCUUUUCUCAGCCACGCAAACAAAGUCUGUUCAAGAUCUUGCAAGACUCAGUCUAAAAGACCCAGAGUAUCUUAGCGUGCAUGAGGAGUCUACUACUGCUACUCCGAAUCGUUUGGACCAGACUGCUAUGAUUGUUCCCCUUGACCAAAAGCUUGACAUGCUUUGGAGUUUUAUAAGGACACACCUCAAUUCAAGAAUUUUGGUGUUUCUUUCGAGCUGCAAGCAGGUAAAAUUUGUGCAUGAAGCUUUCAAGAAACUCCGACCAGGAAUUCCGUUGAAAUGUCUUCAUGGAAGGAUGAAGCAAGACGGACGUAUGGGAAUCUAUGCAUCAUUCUGUGAGCAGCGGUCCGUUUUGUUUUGCACUGAUGUUGCAUCUAGAGGCCUUGAUUUCAACAAGGCUGUUGACUGGGUUGUUCAGGUAGAUUGCCCAGAAGACGUUGCUUCUUACAUACACAGAGUUGGGAGAACUGCUCGUUACCAUUCGGGUGGAAGAUCUGUCUUAUUCCUUGCCCCCUCAGAGACAAAGAUGCUUGACAAUUUGCAAGAAAAAAAGAUUCCUAUUCGGAUCAUUAAGGCAAAUACAAAAAGAUUGGAAUCUGUUUCUGGUUCAUUGGCAGCUUUGUUAGUCAAGUAUCCUAAUCUACAGAGUCUGGCUCAGAGAGCCUUCAUUACUUAUUUGAAGUCCAUCCAUAAACAACGCGAUAAAGACAUUUUUGAUGUCACUAAACUUCCAAUUGAUGAAUAUUCUGCAUCAAUAGGUCUUCCCCUGACUCCCAGAGUUCGGUUUCUAAAACAAAAAGUUAAGGGUAAAAAAGUUUCUGAAGAUCUUGCCCUGGUGCCAGAAAGCCAUUCUGAUGUAAAUCCUUCUGAACUCUUAAGAGGAACUACGAAUGCUGUGAGGCCGGAGAAAGCAGAAAUUGAAUUGGAAGAGAGUUUUCUUUUGGAAAAGAAAGCACAGCCUUUAGGGGAUGAAAAUGUAACUGAUAUUAGGGAUGAUAUGUCUGCUACAAGGGUCUUAAAGAAAAAGAAGUUGAAGAUCAAUGUGCACAGACCUGUGGGUACUAGGGUUGUAUUUGAUGAUGAAGGCAACACCUUACCACCUCUUGCAACACUAGCUGACUCCAAUACUGGAUCUGAUUCCGUCAAGCUGGACAAGGACAAAGUAAGUCAACGAUAUGCAGAGUUGAGAGAAAUGAUGAAAUUGGUUGACAAGGAAGAUAAAGCCUUGGAACACAAGCGUCGGAAAGAAAAGCGUAUCAAGCAAAAGAUGAAGUUGAAAAGAGGUAGAGAAGAUGAUGAUGAUGAUGCAGUUAGUGAAGAUGAUCUAUCUGGUUCAGACGGAGAAGCGACUAUAAACAGACCAAAUAAAAAGGGCAAGAAAUAUUUCAACAGUGAUAGUGAUAAUGAUGACGACGAGAGGAGGAAAGGCGAGAACAGCACAACUCCGAUUACACUGGCGGAGCAAGAAGAACUGGCUCUUAAACUGCUCAGUUCAAUGCAAUAAUAGAAAUGAGGGCCGAUUUUAUAAUGAUUGUUGUAUGCUGUGAGAAGUAGAAAUUUAAACUUUAUAUUUUCCUGCCUAAAGAGUAAUACUAUGCUCAAGGCAACAAAUUUUGUGGUGCAGGUUUCCUUUGUAGAAGGGUGCUUCAUUAUUAACGUUACAAAAUUAAUUUAAUCUUUGACUGUAUAGUUUUA